GGAUCCAAAGAGGAGGAGGAGGAAACAAGGCGGAGUCAUGGGGAACACCACAAGUGAAAGGAUGUCAGGAGAACGCCACAGUUCCAAGAUUCACCGCUCAGAGGGACCCAUCCACCACACCAAAGAUCAUUCACACAAGAUCAUGGUUGGCAGCACUGAUGACCCCAACAUCUUCAGCACCCAUGAAUCUAAGCUUCCUGGAGAAAAAGAGUUUGUAUCAUGGCACCAUGACUUGGAUGAGUUAGUUAAACCAGCCCAGCAGGCUCGUCCCACAGUCAUCCGCUGGACAGAUGGAGGCAAAGAAGUUUUCAUCUCAGGAUCUUUCAACAAUUGGAGCACUAAGAUUCCUCUCAUUAAAAGCCACAACGACUUUGUUGCUAUUCUGGAUCUUCCUGAAGGUGAACACCAGUACAAAUUCUUUGUGGAUGGCCAGUGGGUUCAUGAUCCCUCUGAGCCAGUGGUGACCAGUCAGAUGGGAACAAUAAACAAUCUGAUUCAUGUCAAAAAGUCG